GUGCGUCCGAACGCCAUCAUCUUCCUCCUCAUCCUCCUCUUCCCUCGCCCUCGCCGUCGUCGUCCUGCAAUCUCUUCGGCGUUGUUCUCCAGGCGCAUCCUCCUCCCUGCCGCCCAUGAGCGCAUCCUACAAGCUGCAGCACUAGCGGACGCAACAACAGCACAGAGAGAGGAGAUUUUUUUUUUUUGUAACUUUGGUUAUCAUUGUACAUAUUUCGGGUGCGGGGGGCUCGCGCUAUGGCGAAACACCGCAAAGACAGAGACAGCUGGGGGUCACUGGGGGAUAAGAACGUGUAUGAUUGGAGCUCGGAGGAGGAAGAGUCCGACGGGCGGGCCCGGCCCAUCCAGGUGCUGCUGGUGAAGGACGACCACACCUUCGAGCUGGACGAGGCGGCGCUGAGUCGCAUCCUGCUGGCCGAGGAGGUGCGCGACCGCGAGGUGGCGGCCAUCUCGGUGGCGGGGGCCUUCCGCAAGGGGAAGUCCUUCCUCAUGGACUUCAUGUUGCGGUACAUGUACAACCAAGGGUCCGACAACUGGCUGGGCCAAGCCGAGGAGCCCCUGACCGGCUUCUCCUGGAGGGGCGGCUCGGAGCGGGAGACCACCGGCAUCCAGAUCUGGAGCGAGGUCUUCCAGGUGGACCGGGCUGACGGGACCAAGGUGGCGGUUUUGCUGAUGGACACACAAGGCACCUUCGACAGCCAGUCCACGCUGCGCGACUCGGCCACCGUGUUCGCUCUGAGCACCAUGAUCAGCUCCAUGCAGGUUUACAACAUCUCCCAGAACGUCCAAGAAGAUGACCUACAACACCUGCAGCUGUUCACAGAGUACGGCCGACUCGCAAUGGAGGAGACGUUCCUCAAACCUUUUCAGUCCAUGAUAUUCCUCAUCCGAGACUGGAGCUUCCCGUAUGAGUUUCCAUAUGGACAGGAGGGAGGCAUGAAAUUCCUGGAAAAGAGGCUCAAGAUCUCAGAGAAUCAGCACGAGGAGCUGCAGAACGUGCGCAAACACAUCCACUCGUGCUUCACCAACAUCUCCAGCUUCUUGAUGCCGCACCCCGGCCUGAAGGUGGCCACCAACCCGCACUUUGAUGGACGGAUCAAAGAGAUUGACGGCGAGUUCGUCAGCAACUUGAAGAUUCUGGUGCCCUGGCUCCUGAGUCCUCGCAACAUCGAUGUGAAGGAGAUCAACGGCAGUAAGAUCACCUGCAGAGGCCUGCUGGAGUACUUCAAGGCUUACAUCAAGAUUUACCAGGGGGAGGAGCUGCCUCAUCCCAAAUCCAUGCUUCAGGCCACGGCGGAGGCCAACAACCUGGCGGCGGUGGCCGCGGCCAAGGAUCUGUACAACAAGAAGAUGGAGGAGGUGUGCGGCGGCGACCGUCCCUUCCUGGCGCCCAGCGAGCUGCAGGCGCGCCACACCGUCAUCCGCGAGGAGGCUCUGGCUCUGUUCCGCGGCGUGAAGAAGAUGGGCGGCGAGGAGUUCAGCCGCCGCUACCUGCAGCAGCUGGCGGGCGAGGUGGACCAGGUGUUCGUCCAGUACAUCAAGCACAAUGACUCCAAAAACAUUUUCCACGCCGCCCGCACGCCCGCCACCCUCUUCGUGGUCAUCUUCGUCAUGUAUGUGGCGGCGGGCGUGACGGGCUUUGUGGGCGUGGACGUGGUGGCCAGCCUGUGCAACAUGAUCCUGGGCCUGGCCCUCAUCACGCUCUGCACCUGGGCCUACAUACGAUACUCGGGGGAGUACCGAGAGCUGGGGGCCGUCAUUGACCAGGUGGCCGGGGCGCUGUGGGACCAGGGGAGCACGAAUGAGGCGCUGCACAAGCUGUACAACGUAGCAGCCAAUCACAGGCACCUGUACCAGCACGCCUUCCCUGGGCAUCAGGCCGCCGAUGACGCGGCGGCGGCGGCCGAGGAACGCGACAGGAAGCGGGACUGACGGGCUACUUUUAACCCCGCUCACCACGGACUGUACAGUGCUCACAUAUACGCCACCCAAACUCCUGAGCAUCUUCGCCAGUCAGCAUCCUCCUGCUCAGCUGCCAAUCACCACCCGGACAGGGAGGUAGAAAACGGGCUGGGGUAUGGAAAGCUGUUUGCGCGUUUCUGCUACCAAUUUGCGUUCUUUGACCUCACUAGUAAGUCAAUUAGAGAUAGACCGAUACCGAUUAUUAGUAGUCAAGGAGACCGAUGACCGAUAUUUGGAGCCGAUAUUCAUUUGCUGUAACGGGGAAAAUAUUGGCGUCCAAAUUUUGAAGACAAACGCCAACACUUCAUUGAAGCACAUUUUAAGUUAAAACAAAAAAGGGGCAGUUUAAAUUUGACCGAAUAUUUAAAUAAAUACUUCCCUGAAGUUUACCCAGUUUUAAAUGGAUCUCUUAUCAGCCGUCAAUUAAAUAAAUGAAUGAAAAGCCGAUAUGUGCCAAAUUCGGAAUAUCGGUGCCGAUGAUCGCCCGGCCGAUGAUCGGAGUAUCUCUAACCCGGUGCACUAGUAGAAUGACCAGGGCGCACUAGUAGAAUAAUUCUUACUAAUGAUGUUUUCUUCGGUUACUAGUGACACAAAACAUUAGUUUACAACUACGACGAGUGACACGAUAAAAUUCUACGAGUUAACACAUAACGCUUCACUAGUUUUACUACAAUCAUGCAGAUGUCAACGAGUGCACAGUUUUGCCUCACUCGUAACAUAGUUGCUCUACUAGUGCACAGAAAUAUCAUACAGUAGUGGGGGGGGGGGGGAAAUGUCACUAGUAAGACAGUCAUUCUAGUGUAGUGUGCUGAAUUGUCUUACUAGUGAGGACAAAGAGCGCGACUAGGACAUGGACAAUUCGGCACACGAGUAGGAUAUCAAAUAAAUGCUGAAACUGCUUACCACAUGGGGGGGGGGGGGGG